AAACAAUCAUUCAUUAAGUAAGAAAAAGAGCUCUUUCCUUCACUCCUAUAUUCACAAGCGAGCUACGCAAUCAAAGCCGAAGAUUUUGUGGAACACGAUUAAAAGAUGAAGCUAUUAGGUUGGAUGCAUAGGAAAUUUCGCCAGAAUAGUGGCGAACCCUUGAAAGAUUUGAUCAUUGGGCAUUCUUGUAAUUGUCUUUCAGGGCAGUCAGCACUUGAUGAUCAACAAAACUACCAGAAACCAAACCAUGGGACCAAGCAUUUUAGGCAAGCACAGCGCGACCAAAACCUUAGAAAAUCAUUUGCUGGCCUUGAAGCAGCAAAGGUAGGAGAUGAUGACUAUGAGGAAGAAUCAUCAGAUGCUAUAUCUGAUCUCUUCCAUGGAUUUCUUGCUAUCGGAACUCUUGGUUCUGAGCAAGGUUUGACAGAUCCAUCCACACCAACAUUUGCUAUUUCUGUUGAAAAUAUUACUGAGAAAGAAGAUGAAGUCACUGAGAAUGAACUGAAGCUGAUCAACGAUGAGCUAGAGAAAGUGUUGGGGGCUGAAACCAAGGAUGAUUACUGCAAUGAUUCAUCAGGAAGAAAUAGCCAUGUCAGUGCUGGGAGAAGCAGCCAUGGAAGCAUAAUAACACUCAGUGGAAAACCACUUGAAGGCAUUGAGUCCAAUGGGCAGGGAACUGCAAUCUGUCCACUUCAAGGGUAUCUAUUUGGAUCAGCCAUUGAAUUAUCAGAAACAACAACAGUGGCAAAGAAGGAACACAGGACAUCACUUGGAGAGCUAUUUCAGAGAAGCAAAGCGGAGGAGAAUUCUGGAGCUAAAUAUGAAAAGGAAGACAAAAGGGAAGCAGAUAAAUCAGCUAUGAACCUGAUGAAGAAGAAACUGAAGAGAAGAAUGCUCCUUGCUUCUUCGCGAAACUCUACAUCCAUAAAUGGUGGACCUGUUGAUUCUGCUGUAGCAGAGACAAAACUGCACAAGAUUCUCCACAUGUUUCACAGGAAAGUUCAUCCUGAAAGCUCAACAAUUAUUGAUAAGUCUGGUAAAAACCAGAAGCAUGAGAGCAAGAAGAAAAUGAUAAAUGAUGGAAACCACAACAAAGGCGACUUGGUGUAUCCAGAUGAAGAUAGCAUGGGACAGCCUAAAAGGUCUUUUCCAAACCCAAAGGAUAUCAUGCGAAAUUACAGGGGCCAAAUGAAUCCACACCAGUUUGCACUUGUGAGUGGAGACUCGUCUGGGAACAAGGAGCACUGGAUCAAAACUGAUGCUGAUUACCUAGUCCUGGAGCUGUGAAAGUAAAAUAAUCAAGUGCUGCAUGCGCUCAUUGAAGCAACGUUCUAUAAUCAGUAAAAAGUAAUGUUGUGCUUGUAUGAUUUUCCUGCUUUGUGCUCUUGGCACUUAAAGAUGACGUGUUAUAUAUAUGUGUUGUUAUGAAGAACUUGUGAUUGAGACUUAGAAAGCAAAUAAAAGAGGUGGUUAUCUCAAUCGAUGCUAACUCACUGCAAUUACUAGCUAGCUAGCUAGUUAGCGUGAAACGUCACUUUGGUCUGAACAUUGUAAUAAAUAAUGUGUAUCAGUUAAAUGGAAAACCCCAU